GCUGCCUGCCCUUUCUCUCUAAAGGAGGAAUGAGAUUUCAUUGGUAAAGUGCUGCCUCAGUUUCCACCAGGGAUGUAAGGAAGCCAGGGACAAAGAGAUUGAGAGGCCACCAGUUAGGAAGAACUGAACUCCCUUUGAUGGAGGAAGAGGAAUACGAGCAAAUUCCCCAGGAGAGCCCCCCGGGAGAGCUGUCCCAGGAGAGCCCCCCGGGAGAGCUGUCCCAGGAGAGCCCCCCGGGAGAGCUGUCCCAGGAGAGCCCCCCGGGAGAGCUGUCCCAGGAGAGCCCCCCGGGAGAGCUGUCCCAGGAUUCUACGCUGGAGCUGUCAGGAGGUAGAGCGAAUGAGGAGAGAGAAGCAGGUCUGAGGGAGAAAGAACAGAAGACCCCAAGGAGACUGAGGCUCAUUCUUGUGGGGAAAACAGGAACUGGGAAAAGUGCAACAGGAAACAGCAUCCUUGGCAGGAAUGUCUUUGAGUCUAAACUCAGCAACAGACCUGUGACCAAGACCUUACAGAAAGGGAGCCGAGAGUGGGCUGGGAAGCAGCUUGAGGUGAUUGACACACCCAACAUUCUGUGCCCCCAGGUCCUGCCAGAGGUGGCAGCUGCUAUCCGCCAAACCAUUGUCCUGUCUUCCCCGGGGCCCCACGCUGUGCUCCUGGUGACACAGCUGGGCCGGUUCACAGAUGAGGAUCAACAGGCAGUCAGGCGCCUGCAGGAGGUCUUUGGAGUGCGGGUCCUGGCUCACACCAUCCUGGUGUUCACCCGGAAAGAAGAUCUGGCCGGUGGCUCCCUAGAAGACUAUGUGCGAGAGACCGACAAUGAGGCCCUCGCCAGGCUGGAUGUGACUCUUGCACGGCGCCAUUGCAGCUUCAACAACAGGGCGCAGGGGGAGGAGCAGGAGGCCCAACUGCAGGAGCUCAUGGAGAAAGUUGAAGCCAUCAUGUGGGAAAGUGAAGGCCAUUACUACAGCAACAAGGCUUAUCAAUAUACCCAGAAAAACUUUCUGCUCAAAGAAAUACAGGAAAGGCAAGUAACCCAGGGACAAGGCUCUGAGGACGUGCCUGGUGAGGAGUCGUGGCUGGAAGGGCUGUCCCAGAUCCAGAAGGAAUCUGAGGAAGCCCACAGAUGCGUGCUGGGAAGUCCUUACCUUUGAGCCUGUGCUGGACUGGAGCCAAGGACACCAUCAGCCCCUGUACCCCGUGUCCAGCCCUCUGUUUCUCUUUCCAUCCUGUGGAGCGCUUCCCAGUCUUCAGGUCAUGACGUCUGGCAUAGGAAGAGGGAUGUGGGGCUGUAGGACAGGGUCCAACGUGCACAGAUCACAUCCCAGUUCCUUUAUUCCUUCUUCUGGAACAUCUGAGUCUUCCUCCUUUGUGCCCCAACAGCACACUGCCUUCCUAUUGGACCUUCCAUCUCAUUGGCAUUGCCUUUCAGGGGUACUUGUUUAUACCCUGAUAGAACCAAAGCUUCUUGAGGGCAGGCCUGCGACUUUUUCUUCUGUGUAACUUCCACAGCUUCCGGGCAUUGGAGUCGUGCAGUCACGUUUGGUGCAUCAACUCCUUGUGAACUGUUGACCAGAUGACAUCUGAUCUCUCCCCCACCAUGACGGUUUAAGAUGCCUGUUUAAGGUGCAUGUGGGUGGAACAUGGCAGUGGUGGAACAUGGCAGUUGGACAUGGGGAGGGUGGGAGACUGGGCUGGGAGGAGAGCAAGCAGGAACAGGAAUGGAGGCAGGAGGAGCAGCUCUUUUAUUCAUUCUUGAACUGUAACCCCUCCUUUCUCCCUUGGAUAAUGGAGCAUGUGGAUGGGGUGAGUGUCUGCAUGUGCAAACGGGUUCCCUAGCAAGGUAUUUUUGGGGGUUGAAUGCAAGGAGGCAGGGAAGAGGUUGGGGCUGCAAAGGAAACGGUGGAGUGACUUAAACAUCUUGCAAAGCAGCCUGCCUGGUUUUUGGGAGAACUCUGAAACCCAUGAUGUUUUUCCUGGAAGGCUGUUCCUACAGAAGGGGCUUAUAAGAAGUGAUAAUGGACAGGAUGAGAAGGGAGUUGGCCUGGCUCAGGCCUCAGUUAGGGAGCUGCCUGUCUGCCUGCAAGAGGAGACAGAUGUGCCUUGGGUGCACCCCGGCUUCUUCAAGUCCAAGAUGCUCCUGGGGAGUUGACUGACGUCUGGAAAGAUAAUAAAAGGCAACAAGGAAACUGCUCCCCAACAUAUUCCUUUGUUUUUCUUCAAGCAGCGAGGCAGGGGGUCCUUAGCUACUUUUUUCCAGGAGGGGUGGGAAGUGCAGCUGGUGGGGACAGUGCUGGGAGAUGAUCAGAAAUCGCAGGGCACAGCCUCAGGUCUAGCUGGACUCUCGUCCACUGUUGGAGAUGCUCAACCUGUGGUCUCCUGCUUUGAAGCCAUCGCCCAUAUCCCCCAGAUGCAGCAGACAUCUGAGAAAGCAUCAGUGUUUCUCUUGCUAACAGAUUCAGAAAAGUGUCUCAAAGCAGAGCACAGAGUUAUUUGGUGUAUACUUAAGAUAGCCUUUGUGCCACAACCAUUUAUUAAAUAAGUGAUCAAUUUCCCAUUGGACUAAAAAUGCAACAUUUAUCAUACAUUCAGUUCUCAUUCACACUCAAGAUUUGUGUCAGAAUUUUCAUUUCUGUUCGUGUCUUCUACUUUUCUACUCCUAUGUAAAUAAAAUAUUGAUUUGAUUACAGUGGCUUUGACUACAAUAUGGGAGCCAAUUUUCACCUUAGUCUUCAUUUUUAUAUUCACCUUGUUAUUCUCAGGCAUUUUUUCUUCUAUGUGAAAGUCAAAAUCAUUGUGUAAUUUCCCAAAAAGAAUCCUAUUGGUAUUCUAGUUGGCAAUGUCUUAUAUGUGCAUUUGAGGGAAGUGGUAAAUAGUUCAAGUAUAAGCUAAUCAAGGCCAUUUUGCUUCUAAGUGAACAGACUUGAAACUCCAGAGCUACUGAAGUAAAAGUUAGACUCAUUUGCAUUUUCAUUCAGAUGGGAGAUGAUUUUGUGAUUUUCGAUGUGAUUAUUUUAACUCUAUUAGCUUAAUUAAUGUCAUCAUAGAAUACACAAGCAUUUGACCAAAUGAGAUCCAUUCAGUGACUAACUGGCAAAGCAUGUCAUUUAUUAAAGGUUAUUUUUAAUUACCUUGAA